AUGAGUCUGGUUUUGGACGACCACGAGCAUGACGACCACGAGCACGACGGCCUCGACAAACCUUCCGCCAUUGAGAGGCACAAGGAGUGGGGCCGCCUGUUGGAAUGUGCAGGAGCUGGUCUUGACUCUAAGAAGUCCUUCAGGAUUCUGAGAAUGGACGAGUACCGCGACCAUGUCGGAAAUGAUCUCCUUUUCAAGCUCCAUACAAGGAUGCCGGACUCUGAGCUGGAAGGCGUCUUUGCGGAGCAUCUUGCACAGUCCAAUUCCUUCCCACCUCCCUCGGUGUUGAACUAG